UGUUGUUAAAUCUCAGCUUACAUUUUAUAAUUUUAAUUCAAGUCUAGAUUACCUCCCAAACAAAUAUGGCUCACUGUUAAUAAUUGUUAUUAACAGUAGAUCUAGUAAAAGAUAAUUAGAAUAUUUUUAGGAGGCUCUUGUGGAUGCCUAGAAACAAAAUGUCGUCAUCUAGAAUAGUUCUUAGUCCAGUGGCUUCUGAUCGUGUUAUCACCAAGUUUUCACCGGCCUAUCACCCUGAUGGAACACCAUAUUCUAAAGUCAACUUUCACCCGAAGGUCAAGGCAGCCUGCUCAGAAAACAGGACUGGACGUGUAGGUCUAAAGAUAACCAAAGCUGUUCUGGUGGGUGACGUCUCAGUGGGCAAGACAAGCCUGGUCAACAGGUUUUGUCAUGAUGUGUUUGACAGGGAAUACAAAGCAACAAUAGGUGUGGACUUUGAAGUGGAGAAGUUUAGUGUUCUCUCCGUACCAAUAACAUUACAGAUAUGGGAUACAGCAGGACAAGAAAGGUUCAAAUGUAUUGCAGCGUCCUACUACAGGGGAGCCCAGAUCGUGAUUGUAACCUUUGACCUGACGGAUGAAGAAAGCUUACAUCACACAACCAAGUGGAUGGAGGAGGCUACCUCUAGUGCUGACAACCCUGUCAAGUUUCUGGUGGGGACCAAGAAAGAUCUGCUGGCCCCAGCAGCCUACACAGAUGUAGAGCAACGUGCCCUCAAGUAUUCCAAGAAAAUGGGGGCUGAGUACUGGGCUACCUCCUCUAAAACUGGUGAAAAUGUGCAAGAUUUUUUCUUCCGUGCCAUGUGCCUGUCAUUUGAUGACACAUUACUCAAGGAGCUGGAGGUGUCAUCUGUGUCAUCCAGACAGAUUGGGACUAUACAGGUGCAGAAGUCUAGCACCGACCUGUUUGAGAAGAAGAAAACAAAUUGCUGCGCAUGACCUGACCAUCCCAGAGUUCCAUUGGUGAAAUAUCUUGUCUGGAAACUUCUCCAACAUAUCAGUUUAUGGUGUGAUGUGUACAUACAGCAAGUAAAGUCAGAUGGUGAUGUGUACAUACAGCAAGUAAAGUCAGAUGGUGAUGUGUACAUACAGCAAGUGAAGGCAUUUUUUUAUUUAGCUCGGGAUGUUCUGUAACUGAUGAACUCUACUUCAUCUGCUCCAUAUGUCUAGAACACAAACGGUAAACGAUGAGAUGAAUGUUGUGUUGUUGGGAGUCAACACUUACUGGGGGUGGGGCACUCAUGUUGUUUGUGGUCAGUACACCUUACAUCUGACCAAUACUUGGUGAACAAAUCCUUCAAGGUUGUGAUAGGUCACUGAUCUACAGUUGUGAUAGGUCACUGACCUACAGUUGUGAUAGGUCACUGACCUACAGUUGUGAUAGAUCACUGACCUACACCUGUGAUAAAUCACUGACCUACAGCUGUAGCUGUGAUUAAGAAUUUUAUUCCAAUUAAAAAUUUUGUUACAAUAGUCAGUAACUUAAAUAGCUUUUAAAGUAAAUGAAAAUAUUUUCUUUAAAUACAUGUUAAAAUUAUAAUGCUGCAAUAACCACACUUCCGCAUUAUCAGAUUUAAAAAAAAAAUUGAAGUUAAAUACUUCAUUUAUUUCUGAAAUACUGGGUCUGUAAUUUAGGUUGAGCUCUCAUUAGAUUAUCUCAUUAAAUUAUUUCAUUAGGUUGUUUCAUCAGAUUAUCUCAUCAGAUUAUCUCAUUAGAUUAUCUCAUCAGAUCAGAAGUGGAAGGUUCAGAUUUGAGAACUAUCAGUGGUUGUGAAUAUUUUAUCCAUGAAUUUUAAUGUUUCUAGAAAAUGUUUGUAUUAUAGCCUAGCCGUCCACAUCUGUGUUAAACACCUAAACCAUUUUUUAACAUUUUUGCUGUAGACCUUAAAGUUUUUAUUUUAGUAUUCAUGUUUCAUUUUUUUCUGGUGAAACUUUAAAAAAAAAUUGUUUUAAGUUAUUGAGAUAAUAAAAGAUACAAGUUAAACAAUUAUCCCAAUUAAAUGUAUCUUUGUUUGGGUACAUGUUUAAUGUGUAGGCCUGUUUAUUUGACCUUACUUUCAACUUUCCCUCCAGUGGACCAUAUUGUUGUGUACACAAAUGUGUCAUGUUUAAAAUUAACCUUUUAUUGCCUUUCAAAUGUUUUGCUAUUGUAUUAGGGUUGAUUUAAGUAAUCAUUCGACACAAACUAGUACUUGAUUGUUUCAUUGUUUACAUUACAAUGUACUUCUGUCAUGCAGACCAGCCUUUUAGUGACAUCUACUUUUAUUCUACCAACUUAAACGAAUCUCUAUUGUUUUUUUUUUGUCAACAUUUGUUGUAGACUUUUUUUUUUCUGGCAUAUUGCCAGAAUAUUUUACAAGCAUGAUUUUACAGUACUUAAAUAUAUAAUAAAACCUUGUUUUUUCUGUGGUUUUGCAGUACUUAAUUAAAUAUAUAAAAAAGCCUUGUCUUUUUCUCUCCUGUCCAUAAAUUUACUUGUUUCCGUCCAUCUUUUAAAAGUAUGACAGAUUAUCUAAUAAGACAAUUUUGAAGUUAAAUGCGUAUUUUGAUUACAUGAAUUUGUUUUUAUAAAAAACUAAGAUUUUAUAUUUUGUCUACUUCUGUCCUUCAUGGAUUUUACUAGUUUAAAAAAUCUGGUUUUAAAGUCAGCAAAGAGUUAUUUCCCUGCCUUUUGCCAGACUUGAUCAAAACAGUGAUAUACCUUGUCAAAUGUUCCUGUACAGUUUUAAAGUUUUAACAUUUGCUAACCUGUCUUUGUGUGCAUA